AUGGAAUUAAAAGUUCAAAAAUAUGAGAAAAUCUCUUUCCUUGGUGAAGGACAGUUUGCUCUUGUCUACAAAGCAAGAAAUAUUGAAAACGAAGAAAUUGUUGCUGUAAAGAAAAUAAAAGUUGGAAGUAGAGAAGAAGCAAGAGAUGGAAUCAACAGAACAGCACUAAGAGAAAUCAAAUUGCUACAAGAAUUGAGUCACGAGAAUGUGCUGGGAUUGUUGGAUGUUUUCGGUCAUAAGUCAAAUGUGUCGUUAGUAUUUGAGUUUGUUGACACAGACUUAGAAGUCAUUAUCAAAGAUACAAAAAUUGUGCUUACACCAGCUAACAUAAAGUCAUACAUUCUGCAAACACUCAAAGGUUUAGAAUAUCUUCACAUCAACUGGAUCAUGCAUCGAGAUUUGAAGCCAAAUAAUCUUUUAGUCAACAGUGCUGGCAUCUUGAAAGUUGGCGAUUUCGGUCUUGCUAAAUUCUUUGGAUCUCCCACCCGAAUAAAUACUCAUCAAGUCGUGACACGUUGGUAUCGAGCGCCAGAACUUCUCUUUGGUGCAAGACAUUAUGCAACAGGUGUCGACAUUUGGGCGGUUGGUUGCAUAUUAGCAGAACUUCUUUUACGUGUUCCAUUCCUUCCUGGCGACAGUGACCUCAAUCAACUUGAUAAAAUCUUCGGCGUGUUCGGCACACCAAAUGAAGACAGCUGGCCUGGAGUUAAACUCCUUCCAGAUUACAUACAAUUUAAGCCAACAGUGCCAAUUCCACUGCAAGAAAUAUUCACAGCUGCUGGAGACGAUCUCAUUGAACUCGCUGAAAGUAUGCUUAGUCUUUAUCCUUUGAAACGUUGUACAACAACACAAGCACUGAAAAUGCCUUACUUUUCGAAUCGCCCACCACCAACGAUCGGAUCAAAACUUCCAUUACCAACAAACUUACAGAAAACAGACGAAGAACCAUCACGACCAUCACUGAAACGAAAAAUGCUGGAACUCGUUGAAAAUAAUAUCCCAGGAAAGAAACGUUUACAAUUUUAA